CUGCUUGUGAAGGAUCAGGCUGGCUCUUGCCUGUAUGACUGGGGGCUGUUCAGAAGUGGCCUGUCUCCCUGAAUAUCUUCCCCAGGGAGUCGAGCACGUCAGUGAGGAGGCGGUGGGAUCCCAGAGGAGGGGGAGGAGGAGGAGGAGGAAGGAGGGAGGAGCAGCAGCAGCAGCGAGAGCAGCAGCAGGAGGUGACCUGAGGACAGGCUCAGUGGGAGCAGCAGUGGAGGGACAGGAGGACAAGCCCGACUCUCUGUUUGACCCACUUACAGAUGCACUAGACAUGGCCAAUUCAGCCGAGACGGGCGGACGGACGGACGGCGGGACGGCCUCGCGGGCGACGGCGAAGGCGGCGAUCGGCGGCUCGGCGGCCGGCUGGUGGAAGAUGUCGUGGCGCGGCGGGGGCGGGGCCGGGGGCGGGGCCGGGCGGGCGAGGGGCGGGGCGGAGGAGGGGCCGGUGGGCAUCCCGUUCCCGGAGCACAGCGCUGACGUGCUGGGGGGCCUGAACGCGCAGCGGCAGAGCGGCCAGCUGUGCGACGUGCUCCUGGUGGCGGGCGAGCGGGAGUUCCCCGCCCACCGCUCCGUGCUGGCCUCCUGCAGCUCCUACUUCCACCGGCUCUUCACCUCCGGCGCCGCCGCCGACCGCCAGAGCGUCUACGCGCUGGACUUCGUGCGCGCCGAGGCGCUGGACGCCCUGCUGGACUUCGCCUACACCGCCACGCUCACCGUCAGCCACGCCAGCGUGCGGGACGUCCUGAGCGCCGCCAGCCUGCUGGAGAUCCCCCCCGUACGGGACGUCUGCGCCCACCUGCUGGACACCAAAGUGCUCUCCCCACCGCAGCUCGGCGGUGAGCUCGGAGAGGAGGAUGAGGCGGAGGGCAGGGAGCGAGGGAAGGAGGCAGAAGGAGAGCGGGCCAGUCGGCUGCAGGCCCAGGAGUACCUGCAGCUCUUCCAGCAGGGGGCGCAGCGGGGCGGCAGCCCCGAACUCAGGGAGCCCCUCGCUCAGCAGCACUAUAGCCAGCCCAACGGGACAGGCCACGCCCCCUCCCAAUACCCCGCCCACCCCAUUGCACAGGACCUGCGGGACCAGGAGAAGGAAGAGGAGGAGGAGGACGAGGAGGAUGAGGAGGACGGGGAGGAAGAGGGCGUGCUGAGGGCAGAGGCCCUCCUGGCUUGGGCGAGGGCGAGCGGGGGCGUGGCUGCCCCGCCCUUCUUUGCCCCUCCCCAAAACGGACACUACUACCUCCAGCCGGACCCCACGCCGGGACCGGAGCAGGGGAGGGGGCGGGGUCGGGGGCGGGGCCGGGGCCGGGGGAGGGGCCGGGGGAGGGGCGGGGGGAGGGGCGGGGCGUCGGCCACCGCCCUCCUGCAGCAGAUGAUGGACUCCAUCGAGCAGCAGAAGGAGUGGGCGGGGCCAGUCCCGGCUGCUGACCCCCCCAAGGUGAAGGAGGAGGAGGAGGAGGAGGAGGAGGAGGAGGAGGAGGAGGAAGAUGGCGACGCCGACGCCGACGUGGAAUUUUACUUGAAGUACUUUAACAGCGUGCAGCGGGAGGGCGGGGCUCACGCCACGCUGCCAGGCCACUCCCCGCCGGACAGCGGAAGCCCCGCCCCCAGCCCCGGCUCGGCCGGCGGGGGCGGCGGGGGCAGUGGGGGCGGGGGGGGCCGUGGCCGGGUCCUCGGGGAGAAGAAGACGCGCUCCAAAGCGUUUCAGAAGUGCCCGAUCUGCGCCAAGGUGAUCCAGGGGGCGGGGAAGCUGCCCCGGCACAUCCGCACGCACACCGGAGAGAAGCCCUACGAGUGCGCCAUCUGCAAAGUGCGCUUCACCAGACAGGACAAGCUGAAGGUCCACAUGCGGAAGCACACGGGGGAGAAGCCCUACGUGUGCCCCGACUGCGGGGUGGCCUUCGCCCACAACUACGACCUGAAGAACCACGUGCGCGUGCACACGGGCCUGCGGCCCUACCAGUGCCCCAGCUGCCUCAAGACCUUCGUGCGCUCCGACCACCUGCACCGCCACCUGAAGAAGGACGGCUGCACCGGCAUCCCGUCCCGUCGUGGCCGCAAGCCUCGCGUCCGGGGUCCGGGGCCCCUGGAGCCCGCCGCCGCCGCCGCCGCCGCCGCCGCGGGGGGGCCGCUCGGUCUGGGGCCCGGCCACCAGGGGCCCGGCGGGGGGCGGCGGCAUCCGGAGGGGGCGGCGCCCGUGGGCCGAGACGCGGGGAGGAGCCCCGUCCGCUACCCCGAGCUUAGCUCCGCCCACUACCCCGCCUUCGGCCACGCCCCCAGGUCGCCGGAGCAACUGGGGGUCAUGGCAAGAGUGGGGUCGUGA